CUGUUCAUCAUCAUCCCGAGCCUCAAUUCUGGUACGGUACAACCUUGAGUCCUUUACGAGCACAUUAGGUACCGUGGUUCUAUCAGCACCGCGUAACUCACGCAAAGCCUUCAUAUAUAUUACUGAGUAGAGGUUCCUAUCUUUUAUAAGGGCUGCAUCACUCCUCUUUACUACACCACCUGUUCCAACCUUCAUCGACUAUCCUUCGAUAUUGGACACCAACUCCAUCAAAACUACCAUCAGCAUCAUCUGAGUUUUUCAAAAACCAGCCGUCAGCAUGUGGUACCAUGUCGCAGAGCCGAAUUCCUACCUCGUUAUUACGGGUGUAGGAAUCGAGAAAGUCUUAAUUAAGAAGAAAGCUUUUGUAUACCCCCUACAAAAGGUCUCGAAGAUCUCGAUUACACCCUUUGACUUCUCCAUGGCCCUCCAGGCUAUGACUAUCGAGAAACUUAAAUUUGCUCUACCAGCAGUCUUCACAAUCGGCCCUGCAGAUAGCCCUGAAGCUCUUGAGAAAUACGCCGUAUUGCUCACUGGAGAAAGCGAUGGCAGUCCUACUCAAACAGCAGCUAAGGGUGUUGUCUCAGUUGCUGAGGGUCGCAAUCAUGUUCAAGAGAUUGUCAAAGGUAUUAUUGAGGGUGAGACUCGAAGCAUCGUCUCCACCAUGACUAUGGAAGAACUUUUCCGUGAGCGUAAGAUCUUCAAGGACAAAGUAAUUCAGCAAGUGCAAUCUGAGCUGGACCAAUUUGGUCUUUGCAUUUACAACGCCAACGUCAAGGAACUACAAGACACACCAGGUUCAGAGUACUUUGCUUUUCUUUCUCGCAAGGCGCACGAGGGCGCUCUCAACCAAGCUAAGGUCGAUGUCGCCCAUGCUCGUAUGCAAGGUGAGGUCGGAGAGGCUGAAAAGCAAGGAAAGACAAAGCAAGAAGUCGCCAAGAUCCACGCCCAGACUGCCGUCCUCGAAACCGAACGUAAAGCCGAGAAGGCCACGGCAGAUGCAAAGUUCACCGACAAGGAGAUUGAGAUUGGCCGCGACCUCAAUGUUGCUCGAAUCAACGCUAAGCGUGAAGCUGAACGCCGUGAUGCGGAGCUGCAGACGGAAGUCGAGAAGAAGAGGGCACUCAUGGAGCUUGAACGUCUUCGAGCAACCAAGGUUGUGCAGGCUAAGAUUGAGAAGGAAAGUUCCCAGCAGCAGGCUGACGCAGAACUGUACACCCAAGAGAAGGCAGCAGAUGCAAGCAAGUACGGCCAGCAAGCCGAAGCUGAAGCUGCUGCUUUCCGUCGACUCCGCGAUGCUGAGGCAAACUUCCAGGCGAAAGAGCGCGAAGCCGAGGCGAACUUCAUCGUCUCCAAGCGUCAAGCUGAAGCAGAAUAUUUCGCCCAGGAGCGUGCAGCUCAAGCCCACCUCAUCACCCAACAGCGCGAGGCCGAAGGUCUUUCCGCGAUGGCCAAGGCCUACGGCGACAUGGCAAAUGUUCUCGGUGGUCCUCAAGGUCUCAUGCAAUACCUCAUGCUCACCAACGGCACAUACGAGAAGCUUGCGCAAGCCAAUGGUAACGCUAUCAAGGGACUUCAACCAAAGAUCAAUGUCUGGAACACUGGCAGCCAGGGUAGUGAGGGCAUGGCGGAUCCGUCGGCACCUAUUCGCAACCUGUUCCAGAGCCUGCCACCUCUUCUCAGCACUAUUCAUGAUCAGACUGGUAUGGCGCCACCUACCUGGUUAGCGCAGAUGCCUCAGCAGAACGGUGAUUUGAGCAAGAUGCAUCUGAGGAACGGUAGUGAUAUAUCCUCGUAGAGAGGUGGUAUGACCGGCGUUGUUGAUGAACGGAGACAAAUUGCACAAACGAGAGGUGGGCUGUGGAUGUCAGUGUCUUUUUCUACGUCAUUAGUUGCUAUACCCCGGCUUGGCCACGGCUAGGAGUUCGGGAUACGUUGUUGUACUAUUUGCUUUUUCUUAGAACAAGAUCCGUUGCUUUUACCAUAAUAUAUACUUAUCAUAAUGUACAAUGCUAUAAAAACAUACUACU